AUGCCGUCUCGUAAUGAGCCGGAUGACACCAAACCUAUUAUCCAAAGAAAUUCUGGUCGCGCAUCGCCUGCUGAUGCUGAGCAUCAGUUGACUCUCAUUCCCAAGAUAGAAUCACCUGCUUGUGCUGGUGCGAUAGUUGGUGCCUUAGAAACAGGUGAAAGAUAUGACGAAGAAUCUUUGACCAAACCUAUCAUCAAAUCCGACAACGCUUCGCCUUCAGUCACCGAUCAAUUGGACGAGGUGAAAAACCUGGCCUCUUUAGGCCGAAAGACCUACAAGGUCAGAGCUGUCCGCGCUAUCAGAAACCAGACAGAGGAGGCGCCAGAGUCUGGCAGCAUCCUAUGUGUUACCAUUCCAGUUCAUAGUUCGGCCUGUCGACCGGACUAUCCUUCCAGACGAGCUGCCUUCCUUUACCACUUCAGAGGCUACUACGGCGAUGACACCAAACCAAGAUACGAGCCAGAAAACACGUUAGGCCUGUCAGAGACCAUUGCUGUUUAUCAAUUAGGACGCACUGUUGAUAUAUCUCUCAGUAGAGAUUCAAAUGAAUGGCAACUUAGAGAAAUGCGGGGAGAUGGGGUCGACAUGCCGCAUCAAGGCAUAGCCCGUUUCCAUUAUAUAUGGGCCGCCACUGCGACUUCCGGGAGAGAUAGCGCUAUUGAACUAGCAAAUGGCCAUGUUUAUGUUUCUCAAAUGCUCAAAAGAUUCAAAACACGUCUCCUAUGUUUGUGGAAAGGUGAAAGUAAUCCCAACAGUUACUUGGCAGUCAAGUUUGGCGAAUGGUUUAUCCGCGCGGCGGCCUUACACCGAUCGAUUGGACACUCCCUUUUUUGA